AAAUGGCCGAAAAAGAACCGGUAAUUGAAGAGAAGGAGGUCCAUGGAGAGGAACUUAUCAACUUAAUUGUUGCAAGACUAUGGAAACAUUUAGAAGUUUAUCUUAACCAAGAAGAAAUAAAAGAGAAGGUUAUGGCAGCAACCGACAAUUUCGUCGAACUGAGAAAAGUAAAAUUAUGGGAUCCUAUGGUUCUUCUCCAGGCGAAAGUAUUGAAAAGACCGUGGCACUUGAAUCCCGCCGAUGAGUCUAUUGUCUUCGAAUUUGAAGCAGAUUUCAAGAAUAUCGAAGUUUUGCUCGCUGACGCAAAAGUUGGAAUUCCAUUCGGGUUGGAGGUGUCGUUUAGAUGCACAAUCAGAGUUACAUUGAAUCAUCUGACUUCGGAUUUCCUGCCUCUGUAUGAAGCUGUAACCAUGUACUUCACUGAAGACCCAAAACUCCAUUUCAAUUUUCUCGACGCCGGAAACGUCUUAGACAUGCCUGGUCUGAAGGGGAAACUGAACAGCAUAACAAGAGACACGAUGAACUCAUUGCUCGUUUAUCCAAACAGACUGGCGUUCAAAAUGAACCGAGACGUGGAACUCUCGAGGUACCAGUUCCCAUUACCUAUAGGACUGCUACGUGUUCAGGUGGCACAAAUCGAGAAGCUCAGUGACAACCACGAGGCAUUUGGAAAGUUCCGUCGGUUGCAGAAGAGCUUUCGGCGUGGCGUCAAUUUCCUCGUGUUCUAUUGGCUCACCUCUGCCCAUUUCUUCCGCAGGGUUUUCUCCUUUCCCACUUUCUCUGUGGAGAAGUCUUUGUCAAAGUACACAGCGCCUGACUUCUUCUACCGUCUGUCCUGUGUGUAUGGCCGUUUCAAAUCAGAAGUGGUGGAGUCCAAGACUAAAGAGGGCGACACUGAGUGGAAACAGACGGUGGACAUUCUGGUCACAGAGCCAGACUUGGAAUACCUGAAGAUCAAAGUGUACGAAGAAGACGUGGUGUCUGAUGACUUUGCAGGCGAAGUGUUCGUCCAAGAUCUCAGGAACACAAUCGCGCUUCCCUCCGCCGAAAAGAAUGAGAGCGGUAAAGAUGACUCAUCGCUGACCAAGUUCAGGCUGAAGGGCGACAAAACGGGCGAAGCUACCAUCUUCUUAGACUACAUUUCAUUCAAUGAAAAGCUAAUGGGCGAAGAUGUUGUCCCAAUCAAAACUAUCCUUGACUCAGUUCCUCUGAGCAACCAGUUCUUUGUGAACUGUUACAUCACAAAAGUAGAGACGAACGAGCUAGCGAAAGAAGAUGAGCGUGAGGGCAGAUCAUUUGUAUUCUACUGUCUCGAAGACGACGCCCAGAUAAAGGACUUCAAGUCGUUCUCAGUUGAUAAAAAGGGAGUCUACAAGGUCCCCAUGGUCACACGAGUUCUGCUCAAAUCUAUGCCAGCAAAGUUAAAUUUCGCGUUCUCAACUGACAAAGAGGAAUUGAAAGAGUCGCAAAUGGCGAAGUUUUCUCUGGACACAAAUGACCUGGACCGGGAUAACUUCGCUAAACGACAGUUGAGGGAGUUUGUCGUGGAAGGCGUGGGAACAAUUUCGAUGACAUUGCAAGUCGCGACUCUGCAAAACGGAAUGGGAAAGUAAACCCCUUAAUCGACGAAACUGUGACUCCCAUCAUGUAAAUGGAUGUUAUUUAAAUUGCUUCAUACAAAAAUCCUACAAAAAUUGCUUUUCAAAAAACAAAGAAUGAAUAUGAAAUUUUGCAAUAGAUGUAAUUCAAAUGCUUAGACAGUGCUUACUCAGAUGUAGCGUGAUGGUGUUUCUGGAACUGAAAAUUAAAAUCUAAAAUUAAUGGGAUUUUGUUUUUUAUUCUCUCCUAUUUUUCCUAGUAAAAAUCAUUUUCCACCCAUGUGAAGAACUAAUUGAAAGAACAGCAAAGACGUGUUUUGUACUAAGAAUUCCCCCCUUUUGCAAUGAUGGUUGGGAAUAUUUAACAAGAUCCAAAUAAUGUUAUGAGAGAUCAUGUUUUAUUCAUUAUUAUAUAUCAAAAGCUUCCAUCAAAUAAAGUGCUACUGAAAGAAAACUUUUUGCAGAAAACUUCACUGAUUGAGGUUGUUCAUUUAUUUCAGUAGCAGUGAGAUUUUCUGCAAAAUGUUUUGUGCGGCAAUGUUCGAAUGCUGUUCUAAUGUCCAAUUAAAAGUGUCGCUCAAAUUUGAUUACGCUCAGUUUUUUGUAGCGGUUCAAGUUAUGGUUUCUUGUUAAAUUCAUGUCAAAUUUGUUUGCUAAAAAGAAAUAGCGCUCUUCAAUAUAUGCAAAGUUAUGCUUUUAUUUUUCAAGAGUCGAUGAACGUAGUUCAGUCUCUUUUAUAGGUCGCGAUGAUUUUUUUCAUUUUUUUUUCAGGAAAAGCCGUUAAAUUUGUUCAGGCCCAAAAUUUACUUUUUCGCUGUUUGAAAUUUC